CCAUUUCACUCCACACCUCCAUUCAUCACUUCUUCUCCACUGUCUCUCCCUCGUUAGCGAUGGAGUUGUUGAGCAGGAGCUUCACUUUCUCUAUGCUGCCGAUGAUAUGUCUUCUAGUAAUGGCGGCAUUCUCUCGCACAGCGGAAUGCCGGUUUCAAACAGGCAGUAGAGUUUCGGCAGGCGUUGGUGGACCGGCGGCUGGGGAGCGGAAGUACGAGGCGACGAGUUGCCGGACUCACACAGCGUCGCUGACGGACUUCGGUGGAGUGGGCGACGGUGCAACGUUGAACACCAAGGCCUUCCGGGAGGCGAUUGCGCAUCUGGCGCAGUUCUCUGGCGACGGUGGCGGUCUACUGUACGUUCCAGCUGGGCGGUGGCUCACCGGACCUUUUAAUCUUACUAGUUACAUGACGCUUUUCCUCCACCGCAACGCCGUCAUCCUCGCUACUCAGGUUAGUACACUCCGUUUUCCACUGUAAUAAUUAUGUGAAGGU